AUGUCGCCUCCGUCGACUCCAAUCUCUUCACCCCCUCGAUCGCCCGUCUUACCACCAGGUGCGCCCCGCCCCAACAGAUUUCGGGAUGCGAUUCGACCUUCUGUCGAAAUGGAACAGAAUAUCAGAGAAUCUAUCAAUCGUUAUCGUGGUAGUAUCAUUACCCUCGUUGCGCAAGAUUUUGAGAAGAAAACUGGGCACAAGUUGAACGUGAAACAGAAACAAAAGACCGCAGUUUCGGCAGACAGCCAGACAUCGGCCAGUGUCCCUCCAGUCACUGCGGAACCUGAGAAUCGGGGCGAGACUUUGGCUGAAGGUACGCAGCAAGUAGUCUACGGAUCGGUAGAGUGGCAUGCGGCGAAUGAUGGGUUUGUUGAGAUGAGUGCGGCUGAGAAGGAAGCGGAGAGGAAGUUUUGGUCUUGA